CAGCCCAAUAAAGCGUCGCGUUAUAAAGCCUCCCAGCCUUCUAGGGCAGCGUUUCGAGCAGACGCCGCCGCCGCCGAGUUCCUCGUCUCCUCCCAAAUCGCCCUAGCAUCAGAGCUCCUCCGCCGCCGCCGCCAUGGGUAAGGUUCACGGAUCGCUGGCCCGCGCUGGGAAGGUGCGUGGGCAGACGCCCAAGGUGGCGAAGCAGGACAAGAAGAAGAAGCCCCGCGGCCGCGCCUACAAGCGCAUGCAGUACAACCGCCGCUUCGUCACCGCCGUCGUCGGGUUCGGCAAGAAGCGCGGCCCCAACUCCUCCGAGAAGUAGAUCUAGCUAGGCCCAGCCGCCUGAUUCAUACGCUUGUGUUCUUGGCACCUUCGUCUUCUUUUUUGUUCCAAGUAGUUUCGUUCGAGUAAUCAAGGUUUUGGUGAUGUACUGAUGACCAGUUGAAGACCUAAGCUAUGUUGCUGCAAUCCAAUUAAGGAUGAUAUGCAUCGUUUACUGCAUGGCAA